AUCAUUCAUUCUUAAUAUGGUUUGGUAUUUUAGCCGUCAAGUGCAAUGCCGAUCCGUUUCUCCUAAAGAUUUUGGCAGUUAUGAAUGUCAAUUUCGAUUGUGCAUCCCAACAAGAAAUACGAGUGGUAAUGAAACUAGGAGUGUCUCCAAACAGGAUAAUCUUUGCGAAUCCGGCUAAGUGGACCACCCAUAUUAAAUUCGCCAAAACGAUGAAUGUAGAAAAAAUGACCGUCGACAGCGAGAUGGAAAUCAUUAAGAUAAAGGACAUUUUUCCGGAAGCGAAAGUAAUCAUUCGUAUUCGAUGUGACGCCAAAAAUGUUCUGGUAUCACUUGGAACAAAAUUCGGUUGCGAUCCGGACGAAGAAGCACUUCGAUUGAUACAUUUGACAAAAAGCCUUGGUUUAAAAUUAUGGGGCUUUAGUUUCCAU